AUGACAACAAAUACCAAUGCACAAGCUGCCCAAGCAGAGAGAGGAAGCUUUCGAGGAAGAGGACGAGGGGGCCAGCGUGGGGGCGGCAAUCCUGGGAACGGCAUGAGCGGCGGUGUUCCGAGCGAGAGAGGCGAGGACAGGUCGAGAGGCGGGGAAUUUCGUGGUCGUGGCAGGGGCAGAGGACGGGGGAGAGGUGGACGAGGGGGCAGAGACAGAGCAGAAAGUCAAUCUCAGACAACGGCACUCACAGGCGCCCAGGAUCCAACGAACGUACACCCGCCACCGCAGCCUGGUGGAGGUGGCGUUCUUGGGAAUCGCCUGACCAAGAACGCCGAAACAAACCUCCCAGGCGAGACGAAGCAGGGUGCAGCAACCAAAGCGUGCGCACAUUGCAGGGCGGAGUCUCCGACUGUCAUCUUCACGGACGAGUCGGAGAAGAGAUAUGAGGAGUACAAGGAAGAAGACUUCUCAAGGACGGACGCCAAUCUUGGUAUCAGGUAUGAGAAGCCCGAGAUCUUCGAGGAUACUGUUCUGUUGUUGAGGUACAAUUGUCCGGACGAAAGCUGCGACGCUGCUUGUAUGGGCUGGCCUGAUCUGCAUCGCCAUGUACGGAGUGUACACCAGAAAGUGAUGUGCGACUUGUGCACCCGAAACAAAAAGGUCUUCACGCACGAGCACGAAUUGUUCACACACCAAGACCUGCGCAAGCAUGAGAAGUUCGGUGACGAUAACCCAGGCGCGAUCGACCAAAGUGGGUUCAAAGGACAUCCGGAAUGUGGCUUCUGUCGACAAAGGUUCUAUGGUGAUGACGAGCUGUAUGCGCAUUGUCGCGACAAGCACGAGCGGUGCCAUCUUUGUGAUCGCCAGACCGGUGGCAAUAAUCCGCAGUACUAUGUCAACUACGAUGCGCUCGAGCAGCAUUUCAAUCGCGACCACUACCCUUGCAUGGACCGGGAAUGCCAGGAAAAGAAAUUCGUUGUGUUUGACUCGGAGAUGGACUUGAAGGCUCAUCAGAUCGACCAGCAUCCGAAUGGGCUGACAAAGGGUCGCGAGGCGAGGAGAGUUGACUUGUCGAACUUUGACUAUCGUCAGCAAUAUCAGGAAGCACGACGUGGGGAUGGUGGACGCGAUGGGCGACGUGGAGGAGGAAGAGGUCGAGAUCCGAACUCAGAGUCGAUGGCAGCUCCUACAGGCGGACACAUGAGCCGAGCAGAAGCUGCACACCAACGAGAACGAGAGAUUCAGAGUGCCCAAUCUGUCACUGGUCGAACCUUUGGCGGACGUCUCACGCAGGCGGAGCCGCCAACACAGACAGCGCACAGGCCGGCACGCCAGAGCCCACCGAACGAGCCGGCACAGCCUGCUUUCCCGUCAUUGGGCCAGCCGACGAGUAUGCCAACUUCGCCCCGAGCGGCUGAGGCACUGACACCUGCGGAGCAGGCACGUCGUCUACGACAUGCCGCUGUGACAGAGCGAGCCGCGAACUUGCUUCGGAAUGAGAAGACAAAGCUCGACGAGUUUCGUGAGCGCAUAUCCUCAUAUCGCAUAGGCACUAUCAAUGCAGGUGAUCUGAUAGACGCGUUCUUUGCCCUCUUCGACACAUCAUCAGCCGAGCUCGGCAAGCUGAUCAAGGAGCUGGCUGAAAUAUUCGAGAUUCCAGGCAAACGUGAUGCAUUGCUGAAAGCCUGGGCCGACUGGAAGGCGGUCAAUGAAGACUAUCCUUCUUUACCUGGACCAGCCGGCGCCAACAUAACGGCAGCUGGAGUCUUGGGGCAAGGUGUGGGCACCAGCAGGGUGUUGAAGCUCAAGAGCUCAACAGCGCAGAGUGGACGGAGUGUUAAUGCCACUCCGAAAACUUGGCACGCCACAUCUGGACCCUCGAAUCGAGCUGGCGGCGCUGCCGGGCCAUCGUUUCCAUCAUUGCCUGCGGCUCGCAACGGCGCGUCAGCGAACGUUAGCGGUGCUUCGACACCUGGCUGGCUGGCUUUGCGCCCUGCAGCCGCGAGUUCGAAUACUAGCUCUGCUCGUGCAUCUCCAGCACCUUCGCGAACCCAGUCUUCGGCGAAUCUGUCGAGAGGAGGCGAUGCCUUUCCUUCGCUUCCGGCGGCGAAGAAACCUACAUCUUCCGUUUUCAGCCCCGGCUAUACUGGUGCAGGUGUUAUUAGAACUAACAGCGGUCAAGUAGUGAAUGCUUGGGGCGGUAGCAGUGGUGGUGCUGGGUCCGGGUCUACUCCUGCUUUCAAUGAGACAUCUGAAGAUGUCGCGGGCAAGGGCAAAGGCAAGAAGGGAAAGAAACAAAUCAUGUUUUCAUGGGGCUGA